UGAGGUGGGGGCUCUGCUGAAAUGCUGCUGUGGGGAGUUUAGCUCAUUCUGAAACAGCUACGCUCGCGCACAAAGGAGCCUGCAAAGUCAAGCAACUUUCUCCGAGCAGGCGUCUUGGAUUUAAUUCUGUUCCCGUGGGAUUUAAUUUAAGGGAACGGCUCCUAACCUUUGCAUUCGGUAAUCAUGAUCUGAAGGUUUUUGCAAGGCUUUCGGAAGUAGCUCAGGCAUUUCCCUUGCACUUUGCCUCGCUUAAGGUUGGAGCGGAAAGCUGCGGGCCAAGGACCAUGUGGUGAAAAGAAGGUUAGAGUCGAGGAAGUGGUUGGACUUAUCUGCUGCUACACGCGCGCCUGACUGGGAGGGGAAAAAUCUGCGCCUCCAAAGGGGGAAAAGAAAAAAGAAAAAACUCCAACUUGGCGGAAGGCAGGAGGGUGAAUCGAGCGUGCCCCAGCAAGCUUGCUUCGCGAAAAGGCGGCUACUCCUUUUCUGGGAUUUUUUUUUUCCUCCCUCAACCCCCUUCCGAAGCCGUUCGCCGCUUAGGAGCGACCCUCUCUCGGGCUGCUGUGGAUGCGGCGUGUGAUGGAAAAGCAGUAGCUCGAAUUUGCGAAACCACUUCGGCCUCUUCUCCUACCGACUACCGAGGAAACCUCGUUGGGAUUUGCACUUCGGAGAAAAUUGCCCGAGUAACUGGUUGGCAGGGCAGGGGCGCUCAGUGUAAGCAGACACCCCUUUGAAUGUUGGUGUUCAGAAGGCGAGCUGUUUGGGGAGACGAACGAGUUGGGGUGCCUUUCGUUCGAGGACCGGGAUUUUGCGACCGCUCGGCGCGAGUCGAGACAAGGCGAAGGGAAACAAACUUGGCCUCUCGAAUCCGACGACUGCCGGAGAGCAAAGGUUCGGGGGAGCCGAGAAGGUUUCGCCCUCUGGAAUGAGUUUUCCUGCGCUUUAAGACUUCUCGCACGUUGUUGCCUUGCGGAUCUAACUUAGCAGGGAGGUGCCUUCAUGCGGAUUUGCCAUUCAAAAACGAUUUCAGAUGCAUGCCCAGUUCCUGGUGAAUGCCAGAAAUAGAGACCACUACCGAUGGAGUCCACAGGUCAGCAUGGAAACAGCAGUUCGUUAGUUGUCCAUCAGCAGCUUUUCCUGGACAACCAGCAAAGGUUGGACUAUGAAAGAGAUAUUCAGCCAGCUGCCAUCUUGUCACUGGACCAGAUCAAGACUCUCAGGGGCAGCAAUGAAUACACUGAAGGUCCUUCUGUGGUGAAAAAGUCUGCUCCCCGGACAGCUCCAAGACAAGAAAAACAUGAAAGGACUCAUGAAAUCUUACCAAUAAAUGUGAAUAAUAAUUAUGAGCCCAGACCCAGCCAUCUUGGACAUGUGCUACAUCAAUACAACUCAAGGAUUCCUGUUUUGAGCAGAUCUACAAGCACUGGAAGUGCAGCUAGUUCUGGAAGCAACAGCAGUGCUUCUUCAGAGCAGGGCCUUUUAUUAAGAUCACCACCAUCAAGGCUGGGCCCGAGUCAGAGAUUUGAAAGGCCAAUCAGGACGCAACCCAAACUGUCAUCUUUGAUUGUAGAUGACUUGAAAAGUCCUUUGAAAGAGGAUUCUACUCAACAUAAGUUCAUAUGUGAACAGUGCGGGAAAUGCAAAUGUGGAGAAUGCACAGCACCCAGGGCCUUGCCUUCUUGCUUGGCCUGCAACAGACAAUGCUUGUGCUCAGCAGAAAGCAUGGUAGAAUAUAGCACCUGUAUGUGUCUGGUCAAAGGAAUCUUCUACCACUGUUCCAAUGAUGAUGAAGGGGACUCAUAUGCGGAUAAUCCAUGCUCAUGUUCCCAGUCACAUUGCUGGUCCCGGUACCUAUGCAUGGGGGCCAUGGCUUUGUUUCUUCCGUGCCUGCUCUGUUACCCUCCUGCAAAAGGAUGCCUAAAACUGUGCCGUGGGUGUUAUGAUUGGAUGAAUCGUCCAGGAUGCCGAUGCAAAAACUCCAAUACAGUUUAUUGUAAGCUGGAAAGUUGUCCAUCAAGGGGUCAAGGCAAGCCCUCCUGAUUUCUGGAGGGAAAGAUUCAGUUCCUCAGACACCAUCUUUCAGAUUGUGGCUGACUUUUCUGUGUCCAUGCUCCUUUUUUUCUUUCAUGCCCAAGAUCUUCUCUCACUUCUAUAGCUUAUCUCAAUGAAGGGCAAAUCUGAAUGCAUUGGUCUUUGGUAAGUGUGGCUCAUACGCUGGUAUCUUUUUUCAUCUUGGAAAGUCAUCUCAGGAUUCUGAGUAAUAGACUCCUGAAAGAAAUAGUGAGGGUACUGGGUUUUUCUGAAGUCCUUUAUUCUGCAAAUAACUUUCCAAAGAUGCUGUUUUGUCCUGUUCUCUUUUUAACUAACUUUAAUGGCUUUCAAGUGGUUUUUUUUUUUGCAACUCUUUCCAUUCCCCUUUUU